AUGGCUCUCAUCCGGGUUCUGGCCAGUAUUGCGCUCAUGAUUGCCUCGGGCGUCGUCGCCGCCCCGUGGGAUGUUACUUCUCGUCAUACCACACACCGUGUUCGCAGUGUCGGGCCAUCCAAGGUCAAGCUUACUAGCUACCACCCACCAGCGACCUUCGAGGCUUAUGGAGUUGAAGGAGUAGCCCACCCGCUCGCCAAGCGCGGAGUCACAGAUGCUUCGUCCGCUGAGGCCGCAAAGAGCUUCCUUGAGGAUAAACUCGGUGUCAAGGCCGACGCUCUAUCGCAUAAGGGGGGCCAUGCGUCAGAGGCGACCUCUUUUGAAUACUUCCGCCAAUCAUUGAAUGGUAUUCCGGUCGCGAACGCAGUCGCGAAUGUGGCUCUCAAGGGGGACAAGGUCACCUCUUUCGGUGCCAGCUUUGUGAAGCCCAAGAGCGUUGCUGCGGCCGAGCCCAAGUUGACCAAGGAAGAAGCCAUUUCCAAAGCUGAAAACACUACAGGUGCUAAAUACAACGACUGGCCGACCAGCCUUGAGUACUUUGCUAAAGAUAGCGACCACGUUGUCCUCACGCACGUCGUCCAAGUUCGAAACGCCGAGACCUCCGAGUGGUAUGAGAUAUUCGUCGACGCAAACUCGGGAGAAGUCGUCAACGUGAUCGACUUUGUAUCCGAUGCGAGUUACCGAGUUGUCCCACUCAACGUUCAAGAUCCCGAAAAAGGGUACUCGGUUCAAACAGACCCUGCGGACACAACCGCUUCGCCCAACGGCUGGCAUCAAACUGGCUCCACGACUACAUCUAAUACCUCGGGCAACAACGUUAUUUCCUAUAAAGCUAUCCUUUUGAUCGGAACUGCGGGUACCUCGUCGCAGUCCAGUGCGACCAACAACUACGACUACGCAUACAACUCGGCAGUUAGCCCAACCACUAGCCCCAACGUCGAUGCAGCUCGAGUCAACGCGUUCUAUGUCGGAAACAUGGUUCAUGACUUGACGUACAAGUACGGUUUCACCGAAGCUGCAUAUAACUUCCAAAACGACAACUACGGCAAGGGCGGAACUGGAAACGAUCGUGUCAAAAUAUCCGUACAAGACUGGACCGGCUCUAACAAUGCCAACUUUGCCACCCCCGCCGACGGCCAGUCUGGCCAAAUGCGCAUGUAUACCUGGACAUACACCACACCGAACAGGGACGGCGCCCUCGAAAACGACAUUGUCGUCCACGAAUAUGGCCAUGGCGUUUCUAACCGCCUCACCGGUGGUGGGACCGGUCGCUGCUUGCAAACUACCGAGGCUGGUGGGAUGGGCGAAGGAUGGAGCGAUGCACUUGCUGGCAUGACGGAGAUCAACUCUGCUAAACUAGACGACUUUACCCUAGGCGCAUUCGUUACUGGGAUAGCAGGCGGUAUUCGUAGCUAUCCCUACUCGACUAGCAAGACCACCAACCCACUCACGUAUGGGUCACUGGCGACUCUUAAUGAAGUACAUGAUAUUGGAGAAGUUUGGGCACUCAUUUGGCACGAGAUUACGGCGAGCCUUCUCAGCAAAUACGGCUAUACUGCGGACAAGUUUGACAGCGAGGGUACUGGAGGCAAUAUUAAAGCCAUGCACUUGUUCAUCAACGCAUUCAAACUUCAACCCUGCAGCCCGACAUUCCUGACCGCUCGUGAUGCUAUUAUUCAAGCGGACGCAGAUAAGUAUGGGGGUGAAAACAAGUGUUUGCUCUGGCAGGCAUUCGCUAAGCGCGGACUGGGAUCCGGCGCAACCUCCGCCAAAGUAGACAACACUCAAGUUCCAUCGGGCUGCUAG